AUGGCCUGCACAAAUAUGGACAGCAAGUUGCUGAUCCCGAUGUGCGAGAUGCUGAUGGAUGCGGCUGAUGAAGAUGGAAGUGGAACACUGAGCUUAAAGGAGUUUGUGACUAUAUAUAUUGAAUUUGAUGAGUUGAAAGAAGCUUUGAUAGAUGACAAUCUUGGUCCGAACAACGAAAAAUUUAUUGAAGACAUCAUUUUCGAUGCUGAUCUAGAUAAGGACAGUCGAAUCAGUUAUGAUGAAUUCAGGGCCAUGAUGAAAAUGGUCAUGGACUGGAAAAUGGCUUCACGCCAGUAG